AUGGAUACCACAAGACACUCUUUCAUCAACUGCGCAACUUACCUAGAUGUUGAAUCUGCGGAAGAAAUCGAUGAAGCUCAAGGUUCAUGCGUACACAAAAUACUCAGCAACAUCCAUACCUUCCAUAUGGAAUAUGAUCCUCAUAAUAGGUUAGGAAGAUUGCCUAAGUGUUUUGUUCGUGAGUUUGGAGACUUGAUUGGUUCAAGUGUCAUUCUGCAGGAUCCUAAUAAUAAUGAGAUCCAGGUUCGUGUCUUGAAAACAACAUCUAAUGAGAUGUUUUUUGAGCAAGGAUGGUUGGUUCUUAGGGACUUCUAUGACAUAUGGUUUGGAGCUUGGCUAACCUUUACAUAUGUUAAUCCCAAUCUUCUUGCUAUAAGUCUUACAACAAGAUGGGGUGUUGAUGUUAAGUAUCCUUCCCAUGACCCUCCACACAAGUUUAUGUUGGAAAACAACAUUGCCAGUGCCAACGCUGGGCCAUCUUUCCUUUAUCCAUUCUUACCUUAA